CGCCCGCGGGGGGCGGGUGUUGGCGGCUUUGGGAGUCCCCCUGCCGGAAGGGCGAGUGACCGAGGGGCAUGUCGGCCCAGGGCGACUGUGAGUUCCUGGUGCAGCGAGCCCGGGAGCUCGUGCCCCAGGACCUGUGGGCAGCCAAGGCGUGGCUGAUCACGGCCCGCAGCCUCUACCCGGCCGACUUCAACAUCCAGUAUGAGAUGUACACCAUCGAACGGAAUGCAGAGAGGACUGCCACUGCGGGGAGGUUGCUGUAUGACAUGUUUGUGAAUUUCCCAGACCAGCCGGUGGUGUGGAGAGAAAUCAGUAUCAUAACAUCAGCACUGAGGAAUGAUUCACAGGAUAAGCAAACCCAAUUUUUAAGGAGUUUAUUUGAAACUCUUCCGGGCCGGGUCCAGUGUGAAAUGUUACUGAAGGUGACCGAACAAUGCUUCAACACGUUGGAACGAUCCGAGAUGCUGCUGUUGCUUCUGAGGCGCUUCCCUGAGACAGUGGUGCAGCAUGGGGUUGGCCUUGGGGAGGCACUGCUAGAAGCCGAGACCAUUGAAGAGCAAGAGUCUCCGGUUAACUGCUUUCGAAAGCUAUUUGUUUGUGAUGUCCUUCCUCUAAUAAUUAACAACCAUGAUGUUCGAUUGCCUGCCAAUUUGUUAUAUAAAUACUUGAACAAAGCAGCUGAGUUUUAUAUCAACUAUGUCACUCGGUCCACACAGGUGGAAAACCAGCAUCAAGGUGCACAAGAUACAUCUGAUUUAAUGUCGCCCAGCAAACGUAGCUCUCAGAAGUACAUAAUAGAAGGACUGACUGAGAAAUCAUCCCAGAUUGUAGACCCUUGGGAGAGGUUGUUUAAGAUUCUGAAUGUCGUUGGAAUGAGAUGCGAAUGGCAGAUGGAUAAAGGCAGACGAAGCUGUAGCGACCUACUGCACCGAAUGAAGGAGCUCAGCAGGUACAUGAACACCUUCGACAGCGAAGCUCACGCCAACUAUAAGAACCAGGUGCUCUACUCCACAAUGCUGGUCUUCUUCAAGAGUGCGUUCCAGUACAUCAGCAGCAUACAGCCGUCUCUCUUCCAAGGUCCUAACGCCCCAAGCCAGGCUCCACUAGUUCUUCUGGAAGAUGUAGCCAAUGUGUAUGGUGAUGUAGAAAUUGAUCGCAGUAAACACAUACACAAGAAGAGGAAGCUAGCUGAGGGAAGAGAAAAAACCAUGCAGAGUUCAGACGAUGAGGAAUGCUCAGCAAAAGGGAGAAGCCGGCACAUUGUUGUCAGUAAAGCUGAGCUCAGCAACUCCAUGGAAGUGCUGGAGAGCUUCAAGCUGGCCAGGGAGAGCUGGGAGCUGCUCUAUUCCCUGGAAUUCCUUGACAAAGAAUUUACAAGAAUUUGUUUGGCUUGGAAGACGGACACAUGGCUGUGGCUAAGAAUCUUCCUCACAGAUAUGAUCAUCUACCAGGGUCAAUAUAAGAAGGCAAUAGCCAGUCUGCAUCACUUAGCAGCUCUCCAAGGAUCCCUUUCUCAGCCGCAGAUCACAGGACAGGGGACUUUAGAACACCAGAGGGCGCUCAUCCAGCUGGCAACCUGUCACUUUGCGCUGGGGGAGUAUAGAAUGACAUGUGAGAAGGUUCUGGACCUGAUGUGCUACAUGGUGCUACCCAUACAAGAUGGAGGGAAAUCGCAGGAAGAGCCCUCCAAAGUGAAGCCCAAGUUUAGGAAAGGUUUGGAUCUGAAGCUUCUGCCCUGUACCAGUAAGGCUAUUAUGCCGUACUGCCUGCACUUGAUGCUAGCAUGCUUUAAGCUGAGAGCUUUUACGGACAACAGAGAUGACAUGGCGCUGGGCCAUGUGAUUGUACUUCUCCAGCAGGAGUGGCCGAGGGGAGAGAACCUUUUCCUGAAAGCCAUCAGUAAGAUCUGCCAGCAAGGAAAUUUCCAGUAUGAGAACUUCUUCAGCUAUGUUACAAACAUUGACAUGCUGGAGGAAUUUGCUUAUUUAAGAACCCAGGAAGGAGGGAAGAUUCACCUGGAAUUACUCCCGAAUCAAGGAAUGCUGAUCAACCAUUGCAGACCUUGUGGGUGGUCCCUCCAGAUGAGUGGCAGAGAUGUUGUGAGCAGUGUACCUCUCCUCCCCUUGGGGCCUUCUAGCCCUCCCAUGGGGUUACUGCAGCAGGAAUUCUUACCUGUGCUUCAGCCCAGCAUACAGACUGCUGACAGGUACCAAGUGGAAAAACACCUGCUCAUAGUGUGCUGUUUGUCAACAUGUUCCCCGCCCGCCCAUGGUUUUCAGCUCGUUGUCCCUCGGUGCUCUUCUUCAUGCUUUAUUUCUUUGUUUUUAAUUUGUUCUGCAUUCCUUGGCAAACCAUCUGGUUGUAAAUAUUGUAACAUUUUUAAUUUUUUUCCAUGAGUUGCCAGUGUGUUUGUGUUGAAUUUAAAAAUCAUUAUGGAUCUGGGGGGGAAGAAACAAGUUUGCUAAAACUGAAUUAGACUAAGUGAAUGUUAGAGGAAGGGCUAAGCUGCGAUUCUGUUGGGAUAAAAUUCAGGGUUUGGGGUCAUGAAUAUUUAAAUACGUUGACAUACGUGUACCACAAGUAAACUUUUAUUGUGGAUUUCCAUAUUAAUGAUCAGGACUUUUUUGCUCUAAACAGACAUUCACACAGCUUUUCCUGCCUUAAAGCAGGCUGCUUUGUUUCAGACUUUACCUUCUGAAUUGGCAAUAUUUCAUAAGCUAAAAUGAUGCCCUUUUGUUUAGCUAGAUUCUCCUAUUCUUAAAUCACAAGAGCUGUCUGCAGUCAUGUGCCACUUACACCAGGGAUGCACACGCCAUGCACUGUGCUGUUGCGUGGACAUCAUAGUGUGCAUUUACUCAAACCUAUCUGCUAGUACCCAGGCUGUAGGGGACCAGUGCAGUCCAUCAUUGUGUGUGGAGCAUGACUCAUUGACAUCAUCCAGACCUGCAUAGAGCAGACUCUGAUGCAUAUAUAAUUGAGUUGUGCAUCUGUGAAUGUACAGAAGCAAUCCUCUGGCAAGCAGAGUAUAACAGUUAACUGUCUUGAGCAGUAUUGGGGAGAAUUUGUCCUCUGAAAUAUGGCCUGCAGUUGCGUGUAACUUGUACUUGGUCCAGUCUUGGGUUGCAGCCCGGGAACCCAGAAUAGAAGUAUCUCAAGUCAACAUAAAGCAGUGUGCAUCCGUCUGUGCCCAGCAGCACCCAGUCCGUCAGCCUCACUGACACUGACUGAGUUAACCAGCCAGACUUAAAGCGUCCAUGCAGAACUGUGUCUUCUCAGGUCCCUGCUGGCUUCCUAUGAAGCCUUUUCCAGUGGCUGCGGGCUGUUGCACAGUGUUCUGUGUUCACUAGUCGAAAUGUGACAUCUUUUACUAGUGCACUGCGAUGUGGUGACUCCUGAUCACUUUCUACAUGAAAACCUUGUGACUUGCAGGAGAGUUAGGGGGUGGGGGUGGGGAACAGAGGUGGUUUUUGUUCGUCUAAAACUGUUACAUUACCAAACUAGCAGCCAAAACUCCUCUGUUUGUGGUUGAGUCCACUGAGUUUCGCUGGACUUUUCUUUUCCUCUGUUCAUUUUGUUGUCCUCACUCUAUGGGAUUCUGUUUGUCCUUUCUGUCCUAACGCACGGCUCUUGGGGCCCAGUUAGACACCUCUUGGCUUUUGCUCCCACUAACCCACCCACAGACGAGCAAGCACCUCAACAACUCUACUCUUCUGUGGCACAGUUCUGUGUCAGGGUCCCAGGUCCCCCUGCUUUUUCUACAGUAGUCUGGAUGGACACAGCACUCAUGGGUCUGCCCUGUCCUGGCUCUGUGGGGAUAGGCCUGACUCAGGACCCCAGCAGUUGUAUGGAAGCCUGAGCUUUUCUGGACCGAGUCCCUGCCAGAGAGCUCCUUGGUGGCUAGGACAUGCUGGGUCCCUCUUCUUACUGUUGCCUCUCUGUGGUCUGUGGCCUGGUCUCCAGCACGGUGAGGCUAGUCAGGAUGGAACCUAAAGCAACCCAGGGCACUGAAUUGCGUGAGCUUCAUGAGUUCAGAGGUGAAGCAGGUGACAUUUCACUGACCAUUGGCUGUGUAAAAUGACCCAGUCUAGGGCAGGAAAGAUAUCUGCGUUAGUGUUGAGCCUGAGAAGAAUGGACAGGAGUGGUUAUCUGGCUGCAGCUUUUCUUUUUAAAUGUGGUUUAAAUGUGUGACUGCACUUAGCGGUGAGGCGGGUUGAUUCCUGCCCUGGUAACAGUAGCGCACGCUGCUGCUUCUAACCGUGGUCUCUCUCUGUUUCCCCUGUCGCUGA